GGUGUGCACCUGUGUGUGGUUUCACAGGCUGGGCUCACACCUUGCUAAAUUCCGGCACCAGCCACAAGCCUUGGGGGAGCUGAAGGGAAUGAAACUGCUGGCUGCCUGCUUCAUGUACCUGCUGCUCACCUGUCUGGCCCUGCCCAAAGCCGAAUGCCGACUCCACGAGCGAGCCAUGGAAAUCAGGAACCCUGAUAUCGACCCUUCCUGGUAUACGGGGCGUGGAAUCAGACCCGUGGGACGGGUUGGCUGGAGGAGAGCUGUCGUGGAGAGCUCCCGGAAGUCGGGCUAUGGACACAGGCAAGCUUGCUUCCCUCUAGAAGAAAGCAGUGAAUCCCUUCAAGAUGAAUGAAAUG